UGGAUCGGAAGUUACGACAUUUUGAUCGGAAGCAAGAACGGGAGCUCGCUGGCUGUGAAGGUCGAGCGGCUGCAACAAGCGACGCGCUCAACCCGCUUGCGAUCUUCUUCUCCUUUGGCUACCUGAUAGCCAUAGUUUACGGUAUAUUCUUGUAAUUACUCUAUGGGAUCGCCUGAUCCGCAAGGUCCUCCGGCAGCCAUGGAGUUGGAAGCUGGUGGCCCAGCUUCGGAGGCGGCUGCGCCGUCGCGGCCUCGGUUCGAGGCUAUGAAGCCUCAUGAGAUGGUUGAAGGAAAGAUUCAGUUCAGGAAAGUGCCGGUGCCGGUGCAUCGCUUCUCGCCCUUAAAGAAAUAUUGGAUGGAUAUCUACACGCCCGUUUACGAGCAGAUGAAGAUUGAUAUACGCAUGAAUCUUAAGUUUCGAAGAGUUGAGCUUAAGACUAGAACUGACACACCAGAUAUCGGCAACCUCCAGAAAUGCGCCGACUUUGUUCACGCUUUCAUGCUUGGAUUCGACAUAGCGGAUGCGCUUGCUCUCUUGCGCUUGGAUGAUCUCUACGUCGACUCUUUCGAGAUCAAGGACGUGAAGACCCUUCGAGGGGAGCAUCUCUCACGAGCCAUCGGUAGGCUCUCCGGCAAAGGCGGUAAAACGAAGUUCGCCAUUGAAAACUCUACCAGGACCAGGAUAGUAAUUGCUGAUACCAAGAUACACAUCUUGGGUUCUUUUAUCAACAUCAAGGUUGCCAGAGAUUCUCUGUGUAGCCUUAUUUUGGGAUCCCCUGCUGGUAAAGUCUAUUCCAAACUCAGAGCUGUUACUGCAAGAUUAGCUGAGAAGUACUGAAAAGUCUCAUCCAAAUGGCUUGUUUUUACUUUAUUUCUUGCUUUUGGGUCUUUAUAUUUAUGUAUGAUUUUAGGGAGGUUUGGAGUUAUUUGGCCUCUCAGAUUGUUACGCUGCAUUUUAUUUCAAUGGGAAUGGUAUCUCAUAUGUUCCAUAAACUAAAUUUAUUUGAUGCAGAUGAUAAAAUACAUUUGAAUGAUAAAUUUGACCGUUGGUUACAAUGCA